CCCUCUCGCACCAUGUCUUCCAUCGGCAACGUUAACGAUAUGUUCAGAAACUUUGAGAGACUUAGCCCAAAAGUUCAGGAGCCUACUGAAAUGUUCCCCCAAUCGAAACGACACAACUCUCAAUCUAUCUCGCACCAUGAUGAUGGUGCCGAGCGGGACGAAUUGUCAGACGGAUCUGAAUACAACCCGAAAUCUCGCGAUACUAACCGCUUAACUGUGAAGAAACCGAAGGGAUUCAAUGUGGGUCGACAAAGGGGUGGAAUUAAAAUGAAACUCGACCGCAAAAAACGAGCAUUGGUUCGUGCACUCGCGAAGCGUGAUAUCUGGGACCACAAAGAGAUUGCCGCCGUCUUCGAUGUAUCGCUUCUUCCUAUUAAAAAGGCCGUGACCAACAGCUAUGUCUCGGUAGACGACAAACCAUGGGAUGAUGCAAAAUUUUAUGAGAAUAGUGAUCUUGAAAAGUUGAUUUCGAGGCUGCCGCCUGCCACAGAGAAACAGAAUAAAUUCAAGAAACAGGACAGAGCAUAUGUGAGAUCCCCCAACAAAACUGUAGUUGCCGCUUCCCCUCCUGCGUCGGCUCCUAUGGAGGUAGAAUCGGAUUCAAAUACAACGUGCAGCAUAUUCAGAACGUUUCGAAACGAAGCGAUACUUGUUCACGGGGAAAAGGUCCACUCGAUACUUGAGGAAAUUGGGAUUGAAGAUGACGAGACAAUGUUCGCCGUCCUGAUCAUGGACGAUGAACGGUUGAACGGCAUGCUACAAGAGGCCAAGCGUCUCAACCUCGUGGAGAAGUAUUCCGUCAUUCAAGCGCUGAGAAAUUUUGGGGAGAAGCACAAAAUAGCGAGGUAGAACGUUCAUGAUCGAUGUUUCCUAUUCGGAUCAUUCCGAGUCAAUGAGAUUGUUCACAGGUGAUUUAUUUGUUCAUCCGCACUGGUAUGACAUUCCAUCUCCGAGAUGCUAACGGAAGGAAUCACCACAUGAUUGACGACUACCUCGGAUCUUAAAACUUUUCUUUUGACGCUAAGAGAGGCUCAGGCGCGGUGGUCGCUCUUUCGGUUUACACAAUAAUGAUGCAUAUAUCGCAUGCUUCUGAGCUUCCUCUGUUCAACCCGCCUGUAGAACGGAAUUCCAGAGAAUUGAAAUGUUGUCGUGGGGAAUUUUGGCCCGCAUAUGAAUCAUUGAAGUACUCUACUGAAUUCAAUCUCCAUAUUGAGCGCCCC